GGAGGGAGGAAAGAAGAUGGUCGCGGAGCGAGCGAUGGGCUAAGUGUCAAAUCAUACAAAAGGCGAUGUGGUGAAACAGCGUAACAGCAUGGAAACUAUUCAUUUUCGGAAUUACUACAUGUGGAUUAAUUUGAGGUUUGAUUAAGCCAAUACAUCGCGGAUCGCUCAUUUCGUGUUGUUUACACCAAAAAUGGCAUGAAUAAUGGAAUCGGUGCCAGGCAUGGCGAUGCAGCCUCCAAGUCGGGCAGUGCAUUGAGUCAUUAAUGAUAAUAAGGUCAUUGGACUUGUCAAUUUCGAUAUGAUCACAUCAUAUUUGCUUUGAAAAUCUCUCUGAAGUACAUUCACAGCAAUAUAAUGUUAGUUUUAAGACGAUACAAAGCAUUCUGAAACGAUGAUGAUCGCAGACUAAACUGAAGAAUGACAGGAAGUUGGGUAAUGAAUUCCAAAAUUCUUCUUUUUUGACGAGACCAUAACUUCAACUCAGAAACCAUGUUCAACCAAGGCUCAAGUCGACCUACGAGCAAGCAAAGCAAGUUUGACCAAGCUCUCAACCUCAGCAUGAGUAGAGCAAGUGGAGGUCAGCGCGACCUAAAUGUGGACAAAAGUCCUGGCAACAUUGGGCAGAGAAGUGCAUCUCUCGGUCGUGUCCGGGGCAGGACAUCGUCCGAGGGGUCGGGAUCAGGGGCUCUGGGAUACCAGCCAGGAACAAGCCGAACCAGCCCCCUAAGUCUUCCCAUGGAUAACUACAGCUCCCUCUAUGGAUCCACAAACCAGGGAUACAUCAUUGAAAAUCUUGGCAUAGCAGGUAUGUCCCUGUCAGGUAAAAGUCCCAUGGAGCCAAGCAGUCCAGGUUCAUCUAUGCACAGCAGCAGGACUAAUAGUUUAACUAACGUGAGGGACAGAUCGCUAGAUCGUCUGGACAGGGAACAUAUUUUGAUGGGUGAACGUUCGUUAGAUCGGCACAUUGACCGCAUGCAACUGUCCACCCCAAACAUGUCAUUUAAGGAAAGUUCAUUGGAAAGGGAGAAGCGAACUUACAAUCGUGAUCGAUCGCUUGAUCGUGAUCGAGAGUACCCUCACAUGGGAGCACGGUCUUUGGAACGGAGUGAGCAUUCUGUGGGAAGAUCUCGAUCCAAUGAAAGGAACGGGGACUACAUUCCCCCAAUGGGCCCAUACCUAUCUCCAAGCCCAACAUCACAAUCAGAAUAUAGGAACUCCCUCAUUUUUGAACUCCAAGUGCAGGUUUCAGAAUACCACAAAGAGUGUGCCAAAUUACAGAAAGAACUGGAAUCAGCCAAGGAGAAAUUAAGCUCCAGUAUGAACAGCAUUAAGACAUUUUGGAGCCCAGAGCUUAAGAAGUUACGAGCCUUGAAGAAAGAAGAAACUGCAAAAUGCAACCUUUUGAAUGAACAAUUAAAAGUAGCUCAAGCUGAAUUAAAGAAACAUGCAGGGGUGCUGCACGACCUGGAACUGAGCAGUUCCGGCAAAGAGCAGAGCCUUGUUGAUGUAGGGGAGUUCGACACCAUGAAGAAGGAUAAGGCGCGCAUGAAGAAGGAAAUUGUUAUACUCCGUAGAACCAUAGACGAGAUGGAACUCAGGAUCGACACACAAAAACAGACUCUGUCUGCUAGAGAUGAAAGUAUUAAGAAACUUUUAGAAAUGUUACAAAGUAAAGGUCUUGCGACAGGCAAAAUGGAGGAAGACCGUAAAGAACUAGAGACGUUAAAGUCACAUAUAGUCGAAGAAGAAAGAAAACGACAAAAGGCAGAAGAAAAAGUAGGAGAUAAAAUGAGAGAAAUCAUGAGGUUAAAUGAUGAAAUGAUGAGAAUGAAGGACGAUGUCAGCGAAGCUCAGUUACAGCUCAAACAGCAGCCUGCCAGUAGUCACACUAUGCAAGCAUUACUAGAGUCAAAGGAUUCCCGGAUCUCUGCCCUGGAGAAGGAGGUGAAGGAGCUGGAGGACCAGAUCUCCAGGAUAUGUGAGGAUGCUGGUGACCGUGAUCGCCGUGAUGGAUCUCUCAAAAACAGUCCCAGUGCCAAGGAUAAAGUCCUCAAAAAAGAGAUCGAGGACCUGAAAGCCAAUCUGAGUAAGAAGGACACGACGCUAACAGGUGUAAAGAUGAAGGUGGAGACGCUGGAGAGGCAGCACAUGGAACAGAAACAGUACAUCGCAGUGCUGAAGGAGCAGAUCGUUGCCAAGGAGCUACACACGGGCAUGCUGCAGACUGAUAUCGAGGACUUACAGGACAGGAUGAAGGAGAAGGAGUUUGCCAUAGACAAGAAGAGUCGGCAGUCACAGUCGGCCCAGGCCGAGAAACGACGCAUGGAGCUGGAGAUGUCAGAAAUCCGAGACCACCUGGACAUCAAAGAAAGGAGAGUCAAUGUCCUUCAGAGAAAGACUGAGAGUUUGGAAGAGUUGGUGAAAGAGAAGGAUGACCAGCUUAGUCAAGCGAAGAUGCGACUGUCUGCGACAUUCACAGACUCCAGUGAUAGUGCCAUAUCUAGUCUAGAGGAGUCUCUCAAUGAAAGAGAGAAGCAGAUAGAGAGGCUAAGGGAGCAGCGAGAGAAAGAGUUGACAGGGAACACACAAGAAAUGAAAUUAAAGAUAGAUCAGCUGGAACAACAGCUGAACGACAAACAGACGGAGCUGGUUGAGCUGAGAGCCGAGGCAGCAGAGUUGAGGUCCGAGCGCUUUAAGCUGGACUCCAAGAUGCGGCAACUCGAGUCUCAGCUGGAACAGAAGAAGUCUGAUCUGGAGAAUCUCCGCUCGGAGGUAGAGCUCAUGAAGACAAGUCGUGAGAAUGGCAUCGACUCACCGAAGCUUGGAGGAACCCUGGAGCGCCGGAUGUCUGACCAGACAGUGAAGCUGACCCACACACAGGACGACCUGAAGCGGGCCCAGGCCGAGGUGGACAGACUGCUGGAGGUGAUAAAGGAUGGAGAGAACGAGAAGAACGAGAAGGACAACCAGAUGAAGGAGAUGCAGGAGAUCAUCAAGGAAUACAAGGAGAAGAUGGGGACGCUGAAGAGGAACCAGCAGAGGGAGAAGAAGAAGAACGCAGAGCUCCUGGAGGUGGCCCGGAAGAGUGAGAAGAACAUGACCGAGGAUGCAACACAGCUUCAGACGGACAUGAGGGCGAAGGGCGAGCGUAUCGAGGAGCUGGAGGAGGCGUUGAGGGAGAGUGUCAGGAUCACCGCACAGCGGGAGAUGGACAUGGCAGAACAGAACAACCUGGUGGAGGAGUACAAGAAUGAGAUUGACAUCCUGAAGACUGACCAGGCGUCUCUGCAGCACACAAAGGCGGACUUGACGGCCAAAGUGUCCGGGAUGACCAAGCAGCUGGAUGAGAAGGAGGCUCGUCUCCGACGUCUGCAGUCUGAGCGACACAAACACCUGGAGGAAGUGUUUGAGAUGAAACAAGAGGCAAUCCAGGCAGCAAUAUGUGAGAAGGAUGCGAAUAUCGCUCUGUUGGAGAUGACCAGCACCAAGAAACAGAAGAACACGGAGGAGAUGGAACGACUGACCAAAGAAAAGGAGAAGUUAGCACAGCAGCUGAAGGAGUUGACCCAGAAUCGCAUGCGGUUGAUCCACAAAGAACACCAUAGUAGAGAGGAGAAGAAGAAAUCAAAGAAAUCUGCUGCCCAGAGAUUACGGUCAGCCACGCCGGAACAGGUAGACCCCUAUGUUCUCACGGCCCCCGAUGCCUCCCUCAUGGAUCCCUAGAGAUACUUGGCAUACUACUUACCUGACAACUGUCAUUACUCUCCACGUUCCCUCUGGGGUCUACAGAUCUGCAUAGCAUUACAUCCGUUCCAUGCACACACCGACUCCAUGAUAGCCAUUACUCACCUCGAAUAACUCCACAUCAAACUGUAAUAUGUGUGAAUGAGAAGAUGAUCUCUGAAAAGAUUUAGUUGAUGGCUUAACCAGCUAGCAAAUAUUGUGGAGUCUGCUGGUAUCAUCUGUCUGACAUCUGUAGAAACAACCAGUAGAAUUUACAGAUAAAGACCAUAAAUUGCUUUACUUAAUUCAACAACAUUAAUUCAAGGGCAUUUUUAAAUAUUGUGAUAUCAUGUACAAAGGAAAUGCAGCUUGUUGUCUCUGGCUGCUGAUCUGACUUAGACGAAGCCUUUCUUUUAUAAAUCUUAUUCCUCUCUAGCAUGUCUGGCAGAAAGUGAUUUUAUUAUUGUAUGAUAAUACGAGCUACAUGCAUAAUCAGCGUCAUAUUGUUGACAGUUCAUGUAUACAUAAUUGUUUUAGGUGAAACAUGUGGGCUGGGCCCAGGUUGUAUAUCUACCAUUGAGGAAUUCCUGCAUUGUGUUUACACACGUCUCAAGAUUUUGUCACAGGGAUCUGAUUUCAUUGCCUUCACCAUUUUCAUUUAUCGGUCCUGGAAAGAAUCAUAACUACAUUUUGUUUGGCUUCUGCAUUUAAACACUGCCUACAUUUCAACUUAGUUACAUGAUUCACCCUGUAUAGUCCCAUGGUCGUUAUGCCAUGGCUUGCUGGAAGGGAUCGCUAUUUAUUCCAUGUUUUCUAUUGAAUGACGUUAGUAUUAAUAAUACGAGUGGAAAAUGAAGACAAUGUCUUGACUCCGACCUAUUUUAAAAUAUCCAUUAAAAUAUAUUUAAAAUAUAUUUUGGAGUAAUAACUAAUUACUUUUUGACUACCCAUAUCACAUGUUCAUCAGGCAAAGAGGCUUAAAGGUGGAAAUAAAUUUUGAUUGUCUUGACUGAUGAGUCCCAAAAGUAUAAGACUUGUACUUUUCUCUGCCCACCGAUCCAGAAUAUGAACUGCAGAGACAUUGACAGAAAUAAGUUUCUGAGGUCUAAAAACAAAGAUAAAUGUAAUCAACUGUACACUUUCUCAACUGAAAUGAAUAAAAACAAUUAGGAAAAACAGGUCCUUAAGGAUUGCAACUUUUGUAUAGUACUAAAAAUAUUAGGACCACCUAUUUCUGUCCAAAUACAAUAGUUAAUGUUUCCUGCCUUGAUAGAUAAACAACAGUUUUAUGAAUAUAUAAAGUGUUAUUGAGUGGUAUGUUUGAAUUAAAAACUGGAUAUUAGGGUUGGCAAGUCUUUAGACCUUCAUGCAUAUGUCGAUCAGUGUUGAGUGAAACAAGGAAUAAGUAAUGAAUCCUUCCAGCAUCCACUGCCCACCUAUCACCAUGGCAACAGUACCGACGCCAGCUUGUCUGUCAUAGUGAUUACAUGUGUUCUGGAGGACAGGGUAGACAACUCUUCCCACCUGAAUAACAUUCAGCUGAUAAAGUCGGGACAUUUUAUGUUCUAUAGUUCUGUAGAUUUUCAAAUGGCAUAUAUGACUGGCAUUAAUAUAAUGCAAAACUUAUAUUGCUAUAAAAUCAAAGAUUAGCAACUAUACAUAUAUAUACAUCAAAAGUUUUCAUUCCAGAUAGCAAGUGUUAUCUGCUAGUAGGGCCUUGUGCAUAUAUAUUCUCAAGCAUCUUGUCUUUCCGCCAUUGCUGUAUUCAAAUAGAAGCACUUACGUGAUUCAUUAUCCAGUUAUUCAUAAUGCUUUAAGCCCUAGCUUACAGAUGUGCUGCAUUUACUGUUCCAUUUAGCAUGGCUGUUUUAGCUUCUGUUCUCAUGUUGUAUUUUGUUAUUGUGUUGAUUAUCAAUGGUGCUGAAUUUUGUCCAUGUCUGCUGUAGGCUGCUUAGCCAGUGCGUGCUGUGUGGUGAUCUCCAACAUUUUAGUUAUAUCGUUCUUUGCUCACUAUGUGUACAAGUCUUGAGCAUGUGUAGAAAGUUUGGGGCUGCGUGGCAUGCAGCUUCAGCUGACUUCCUAUGCCAUCAAUAAGCCGUUUCCGAAAAUUAAUCUUAGCACUCCGAAAAUAUACAUUGCCUUUCAACUUGACGCUAAACUCUAACCCAAUACACUAACUUGUUGAAAGAACAGAUGACCUAAGUCCGGUUUGGACAGCUGUGAUCAAGUUUAUUUGAACUGAAAUCUUCUGUCUUGUCCACAUUAUGGCAGCUCUGUUGCUGCAUGGCCUCCAACUGCCUUGUAAUUGUUACAACUAAUUCUUUCUCUGUGUUACAAGAGUAAUGAUGAACUGCUUGAUAUCUAAUGGUAUUUACAGAUGAACGUUUGCUCUGAAAUUUUGAAUGCCUAGAGUCAACUUGCUUGACUGUACUAGAUGUGAGCCAUACUCCGAUACACUUCGGGAUGUGAGCCAUGCCAACCUUACCUAUACUACAGACAGAUUAAUUAUUGUCGUAUGAAAGAAUUGGAUGGUCCUUAAUGUUUUAGAGUAUUAUGAAUGAGUUGGGUUUGUGUUAGUGGUGAGAUUACUUCUCGGAUCAGGCUUACAGAACUAGGGCUGUAACUAGUUGUGGAUAUGACACAGGUAUCGUAGCAUGAUGUCUUCUAGUAAUACACACAAUAUCUACAGGGCUCCAGAUAAUUGUUUUACGAAAUGUAAUUACGAGUUAUCAAUCACAAUGGGUAUUUUUGGGAUAUUCAUUAUAUUUUGAUUCAGUCUAUUGGGUGUUGAUAUGAUGUAAUUCUGCUAAAAUUAUUGAUUCAGGUAACUUCUAAUUUUCUUCUGUUAUGUUCAACCACUACCCACCACUGAUACAUGUGUUGGUUCAGGAAAAUCUAUUUUCAGCUGAAAGCAUAAGGUUGUCUUAUCGAAUGGGGGAUUCAGACAAUUCACAGAAUUGAUCAAUUUGAAAUAAAAUCGAUGGAAAUACGCGGAUCAGCAGAAAAUUGCCAUAACUGGUUGGUUGCAAUACGUGCUACAUAGCAUUUCUGCAUUUUCGGCUGAAAAAGGCUAAAUUAGUAAUACAAUAUGUCCAACACAAAAUAUAUGGGGUAAAGGUGAUUUUUGCGUAUUUUACACAAAUGAGCAGGUUAUCUGGAGCUCUGUAUUUUUUAAAGGACAUGCUUCCAGUGGUAUAAAGUUGAAUGAUAAUACCAUUUUCUCAGGGUGUUUUCAUGAAAUUGCCAGGAAAAUGGACAAAGGUCUCGAAUCUGGUGUACUACUUCAUGACGUCAUAUUAUGUGUUAUUUAUCAUAAUGCGAGCAUACCAUUAUGCUACAUACUAUAAAGCAACCUAUUAUAGUGUUGUGUCGUCGCAGCCCUACACUCCCAAAACAGAAAAUCCUACUUACUGUGUACAUUGCCAAAUCCAUACGAUCAGCUUUAACUGCAGAAUUUGGCUAAAUGUUCGGACAGCUAUCUGUGAUGAUGCUAAGUGUUCUUAAACCAGGAAACCCAUCCUAGUUCCUUUUAGAUGGUAUAUAGACAUUGUUUUAGACUGGUCAUUAACCAUUUGUGAUUGUAACUGAGUUUCUGUGAGGACAGAUAUCCUUAGGAGUGUGGUAAUCACUAGCGAUAGGUGGCAAGGAAGUAUUUUUAGAUUUGAUAUCUAAAUAUGUAUAAAAUCAAAGAGUGUUACUGCUGUUACAGUAAUACUAAUGGCUUCUGCAUCAAAUUUCAGUUGUUUAAUAAUCAAGAUUUUUGAGGCCCUGUAAGGGUUGGAAGAAAGCUGUUGUACAUCGUGUCUGACGUAAAGAGAUCCUGACUUGUAAAUUGUUGUUCUACAUUGCCAGUCAAUAAAUUACCAGUUCGAUAUAUGUAUAUACAAAGGUAUAUUUAAUGUUAAAUUGCAAUUAUUGUGAUGAUCUGUGUGUAUACUGAUAUGUGCAAUCGUGGAUGAUAUAUAUAUAUAUCCCUAGCAACUAGUGUGAUUGACUGUAGUAAGUACUAGCCCCUUAUGUCAAAUGCUCAGACAACUCAGAUUGAGUAUCGCCAUGGUUACGUCAACUUAUCACCAUGUUUCCAUGGUUAUGACAAGGUGUGAGAACCACUAUGUUUCCAUGGUUACUUCUGCUUGGUUUGUGUAUCACCAUGUUGCCAUGGUUAUUACAACUUUUUAUGUCAACCAUCCUGUUUCCAUGGUUACUCAAACUUGUAUGAGUUUUACCAUGUUUCCAUGGUUACUCCAGUUGGUAUGAGUCUUACCAUGUUUCCAUGGUUACUCCAGUUUGUAUGAGUCUUACCAUGUUUCCAUGGUUACCCCAGCUGAUAUGAGUCUCAUCGUGUUUCCAUGGUUACUAGACAGUUUGUUGUUGGGGACUAGUCUCCACAUAUCGGAAUGUAUUUAAUAACCUGACCUAACAUGAAAAAACUCAUUGAUGUAACAGUUAGAUUGUGACAGAAUAAAACCUGUAAUGACUGUGAUGUUCCAAAAUGUCAAAACUGUAGACUUUCGCUGCUGGAAUCUGUAAUUUUUCCGCACACUGUUCUCAGUUCAGUUUGCUAAUUUAAAAAAAAUGUCGCCUUUGAAACAUUUUGCCUUAUGAAUCUUAAUUCAAAAAUAGCAGUUGUGAUUAUAUGCAGUUACUUAUAUUAACAACACAUUAUGUGUUAUCUGUGUCAUACUAAACAGUGUCCGGCGCUAAUUCCCGCUAAGGGGAGAGCACUCUGUCAUGAUGCAGUUGUAUCAUGUAACAAAUUGAACACAGGCUGAUGUGAUAUUUAUAGCAAGACUAGAAUCAAAACAGAACACUGCUGGUUUCUUUGUAGGAUGUCCCGAUAUCAGGACAUCCUGAUGAACUGUAGGAUAUCCUGAUAGUGACUGCCUGGUGUUAUCAUUUCAUGGAAUACUUCAGUUAUCGUGGUCAUCAGUCUCACCAACCAUGUGUUAAAUGUUGAAACAUCUGUCUGUCUAAGAGGUUCUUUAAUCCUAAUUUGUAGGCAGCACUCUGUAGGUAUUCAUGUGUAUCAAGCCCACAUUUUCAUAUUGCUGAGCAGGCAAAAAUUAUUCAUUUUUGAUUCAUAUACAAAGUUUAUUGAUACAAACUUCACUUUUGUCAUAAUGAUGAUCAUAUUUAUUUAUGAAAGUUACCUACAAACAUUGUAUGUGGAAUCAAGAUUUGAACCGAGAUUUUUCUCAUUACUGAGAGAGAGGUCUUGUUUACAAGUACAGAGAGCAUCAAUCAAGUAUAUCAUUAGAGGUAUUGGUUAACUAAGUAGUGCCGAUGUUACUGAAAUGAUUCCCCCAGCAGCCAUGCAGUCCUACAUGUACAAUACAUUAUACUGAGUGUACUAGCUAUGUGACAACUGAUGACUGAUUUUGUACAGCUCUUGAUGUAUUGUUUAUGCAUGCAAUGAGCACUGUUACGUCAAUAAAAAUACUGAAAUACCA